AUGGUAGUUUCUGCUGGAUUUCUCUACCUAGGGUUCAUGGCUAAACAAGACCUCACUUCUUCGGGUUUUCAGAAGAAGGACGACGAUGUUAACUCUUUUUCAACUUCCAAAGAUUUUGUUCCGUUUUCCUUGGAUCCUUCGCAUCCAUUCUAUAUUCAUCCCUCGGAUAAUCCUGGAAGUCAACUGUAUGCUCACUUCUCCUUCUGCAAAGAACAACUCAACCUAUUAGAUGGCAGAGUUAAUCAACCCACUCCUGAAUCUCCUUAUUACCUAUAUUGGGAAAGGUGCAAUGAUAUGGUCAAAGCCUGGAUAACUAACUCAGUAUCUAGAGAAAUAACUGUUAGUGUAAUGUGUUUUAAAACUGCUAAGGAAGUCUGGAAAGACAUAAAUGAAAGGUUUGGUAAGUCAAACAGAUCUAAAUCCAUUCAAAUACAAAGGGAAAUCAGCUCUAUUACUCAAGGCUCCUCUGAUAUAGCUUCUUACUUCACCAAAAUGAGGAGUUUGUGGGAUGAGUUGAGCUCUUCAUAUGUAGGUCCUACUUGUUCCUGUGGUGCAUUGCCUAAAUUCAUAUAG